GAUAUGACAGACAAGACAAUGUCUAGUGCAACUGUACACCUUAGCAUUCCUGGAGAUUGGAAACUUUGGUACAAGCAUAUGCUAGAAUAUGCAAAGGACAAGAAGGUAUCAGACUUCAUCAAUCUUGACAAACCUGAUAUCUUCUCUGAACUAGAAGAACCUCUGGAACCCGAGUGUCCAGAAGAGGCCACCGCGGAGGCCAAGAUAGCAUAUGACAUCAAGGUCACUGCGUGGAAAAUCAAAUAUAUGAAAUAUGAGAAAUUGAAUGAAGUAGAUGUCAAUGAAGCAGUUCUAGAAGGAAUGAUUCUGAAGCAAUCAGUUUCUCAAUCUAUCAAUUAUCAAUCUAUUGAUCAUCAAUCUAUUGAUCAUCAAUCUAUUAAUCAGCAGAUCUGA